AUACCGCUUCCAGAAGUCCAUUCUGGGCCUGAGCAACAAAACCAGUUCAGUUUUACCCAACUGGUGCGAACUGCCUGAAUCCCACCACUGGAUUUAGUGGGUCCCCUGUCUGGUGCCAAUUGGGAUUUGCUGAGGGGAGGGGGUCAGCAACUUUCCCAUUCAUCCCAAAGAUGGUUAUAUACCUGGUUCAAGUUGAUGGGUGUUGUCUCCGGUUGACUGGGACAGGGCAGCAGUUGCAAACUUGGCUUCCCGUGAAGCCUUUACACUUCCGAGUGGCGCAAGUUCUUGUCCCAAAGCCUCUCCGAACCGACUUGCUGGCAGGCGGACUGAAGACUUUAGUCCUUGGAGAUAUGCCAAGCCAGGUUUGUGGCAUCCAGGGUGAAGAGCGAAAAAAGCGAGCUUUUGCGAUUAAGUACCCCGGCCCUCCUCUCUGACACAAGCAGCAGCCCUUGUGCCAGAGCGCCCAAGGACUGGAUCCCAGCUCCAAAGUGGAAGCUCUGAGGCGCAGAGACCUUCCGCGCGCGCGCGCGCGCGCGCGUGUGUGUGUGGGGUCGUGUACCAGUUGCAGUCAGCCCUCUGUAAAUCCCCCGGUUGCGAAUUCAAGCCGACCGAGACUUCGGAUCCCCUCCGCCUUACUUGCGGGUAACCGGGAGGAACGCGGAAAGUCGGAUUCCUGAAAGGAAACUUAUCUCCGAAAAGAAACUAUUAGGCUGCCACGGGGCAUCGUUGUGACUCUAGUCGGAUGAUACUAGACUGCGUGAGAAACCAGUAGCUAUGAAGCGGUGUCGAAGUCUUGGUCUUGAUCAGAGCAACUUGGUUCGCGUGGCGCAGGCGACUGCUGGCCUAUGAGGGAUUGAGGGAAGAAACUCCCUUUGUCAUUCCAAUCUGCACCGUCAAAAUACUUGGGUUCACACAGCGCGUUGAGAGUCAAACCGCUUGGCCAUCCGUCAAAUCGUGCGGCUCAACGAAAAGAGAUGCUCAAGCAAACCACCGCUUACUAGCGGGAUGCGAGAAUCCAGUCCGUUUCUGCAAACUAACCCCCCCCCCACCAUUCGCCAGAUUUCCUGUCUUGGCUUGUUUGACCGGCUAAAAUCUUGGGGCAUUUCGUAACUAGUGGUUUAUAACCCUUUCUACCCUGCCAGCACGAUGGAGUUCUGAAGCUAAUCUCGAGAUCGUUAUUUUGUUGGGUGGGCGACACCCUAAAUGGCUGUAAAUCACUCGUUGUGAGGAAUGCACCUUGAUCUUUAUUAAUUCUGAGAAUAUCUCCCUUUGUAGCCUUCGCAGCUACAAAGUGUACCCAGGAUACAAGACUGGAACGGAGUAUCCUGAAAGCUGACCUGACUGACACGAAUCCUAAAUUCUACCUUGCAGCAUUGUCUUUAACUGGAAAACGGGCGACGCUUAGUCGGCUCCUUUUCCCAAUCUCCUUUUUUUGGUGGGAACUGCACUCCAACAUCUCUGAGCUGAUACACUGGCUUUGGCGAGGCGUCUCCCUUAACACUUUCCUCCAAAUUUAGCUGAAAGUCAGGCCCCCUAAACAAAUCGGUGGAGCUCAGCUCCCAAUAAAGGAUGCGGAGGUUCUUUUUUAGUCUUGCCCCCUUGGUGCUGGGAUGGACACCCUCCCGAGUGGGCUGCACAUUUAAGCUCGUUCCACCUUGCAUUUUCUUUCCUUGAAGAUUAACAUUUACAUUUUAAUGGAUGUUGGGCUUCAUUCCUGGCUAGCAGUGACGGAAGAGCGAAUCUGGAGCUUUGGGAGACCCCCACGAUGGCUCAGUUUGAGGAAUAGGAAUUCUGGGAGUUGAAGUCCACGAGUCAUAAAAGAGCCAAGGUUGCCUGCCGCUGGCCCAGGACAAUAGACAACCGAAGCGUUUGAGCCUCCAGCGGGCCACCUGUGGGGGUGCAGGAGAGGUCGUUCGCCUCCGUGGCUAGAAAUUGCCCUUGACUCGGAAUCGCAGGAGGGAGACGCUGCUCUGGCUUACCUGAGUGAUGCUCCCCCGCUUACCCAGAAGACGAGAUUCCCCCCCCCCGCUUGCCCCCCCAUUCUCCACUCCGCUCGUCGCGGACCCUCCCGGGCGCCAAUCGCAGCCGUUUCGGGCCCCGCUUUGAAUAUCAAGCGGCGACGUCAUCCCUGAAGCCAAAGCCGGCCAGGAGGCGCGGCCGUCGGGGGGUUCCGGCGACGCGCUGGCUUGGCUAGAAGUCGCGCUGGCUGCCGCGGCCGCCGCGGGACUCCUGCUGGUCGCGGCCCGCCACCUCUGGGCCCUGCGCUGGAGCCUGAGCCGAGACCGCGCCAGCGCCCUGCCGCUGCCCAGGGGCUCCAUGGGGUGGCCCUUCUUUGGAGAGACGCUGCACUGGCUGAUCCAGGGCUCCCAUUUUCACAGUUCCCGGCGGCAGCGCUACGGCGCCGUGUUCAAGACGCACCUGCUGGGCAAGCCGGUGGUGCGCGUGAGCGGCGCCGAGAACGUGCGCAAGAUCCUGCUGGGUGAGCACAGCCUGGUCAGCGCCCAGUGGCCGCUCAGCACCCAGAUCCUGCUGGGCUCGCACACGCUGCUCAACGCCCGCGCCGAGACGCACCGGCAGAGGAGGAAGAUCCUGGCCCGCGUCUUCAGCCGCGCCGCCCUGGAGGUCUACCUGCCCCGAAUCCAGCGCCUGGUGAGCUGGGAACUGCGCGGCUGGUGCCGCCGCCCGGGGCCCAUCGCCGUCUACGCCUCGGCCAAGGCGCUGACUUUCCGCAUCGCUGCGCGGAUCCUGCUGGGGCUCCGGCUGGAGGAGGAGCAGUUCGAGGAGCUUUCCGGGGCCUUCGAGCAACUGGUGGAGAACCUCUUUUGCCUGCCGCUCAACGUCCCCUUCAGCGGACUGAGGAAGGGAAUAAAGGCUCGUGAUCUUUUACAUACUUACAUGGAGAAAGCCAUCUUGGAGAAACUGCAGAGGAAGGAUCCUGAAGCUCACCAUGAUGCCUUGGAUUUUAUCAUCAACAGCGCCAAGGAAUAUGGCAAAGAUUUCACUAUGCAGGAAUUGAAGGAAUCUGCAAUUGAACUAAUAUUUGCAGCUUUCUUCACCACUGCCAGUGCCACUACUUCUAUGAUCUUACUCUUAUUGAAACACCCAUUGGUCAUAAAAAAGAUCCAGCAGGAACUGGCCUCCAAUGGCUUUACUGGACAGUGUCAAUGCUUUGCAGCUGAGGAUUUUCUACCAAAAUACCCGUCUGGCCAAAAAACUUUGCCUGCACAUGAGAAGGAAAACCAAGAUGGUGACUCCAGAUUGGGAAGAGAAGAAGGCCAAGCGACCAAGAUGGAAGAGAAAGGACCUAAUAUAAACAUCACGGCUAAAGUGUCCCAGGAGAUUGUCCACGGAACUACAAAUGGUCCUAGCUCAUUGUCCAGCCUGGAAGAAACAGGCCGGUUCUUUAGCAGUCUGGAAAGAUCUGAAUAUUGUUGCCACCCUUACUUGACCCUGGAGAAGUUGAAUCGUCUGCGCUACUUGGAUUGUGUAAUUAAAGAAGUUCUCCGUUUGCUGCCCCCAGUAUCUGGAGGAUAUAGGACAGCCUUACAAACCUUUGAGCUAGAUGGCUACCAGAUUCCGAAGGGUUGGAGUGUGAUGUACAGUAUUCGGGAUACACAUGAGACUGCCGGCAUCUACCAGAGUCCCCCUGAUACUUUUGAUCCAGAGAGGUUUUGGGUAUCGCCGGAAGACCGGGAGAAUCACAAAAUUUCUGCUUCCCUCCGGUUUCACUACAUUCCCUUUGGCGGUGGAGUCCGAAAUUGCAUAGGCAAAGAACUGGCCCAGGUGAUUCUCAAGAUGCUUGCCAUUGAAUUGGUCAGCACGGCCAGCUGGGAAUUGGCCACAACUCAUUUUCCCAAAAUGCAGACUGUGCCAAUUGUGCACCCUGUAGAUGGUCUUCAACUCUAUUUCCAUUCUCUGAAGGCUGGCCAUGAAAGCAGUGGAGCAGGCAAGGAUGCGUAGACAUCUCCUUUACAUCUCUAGCUUAGGAGUAGACUAGGACAGGCCUCUGAGGGAAAAACACCACUUUCCUUUCAGCGCAAGCCCUUUCCGCCUGCCUCUCGGUUGCGGGGUAAGAGAAAAGGAGGAACUCACUGCACUCUUCCUCAAAAGCCUGUGACAUUAUUAGCAUCUAUUCUUUGCACAAAUAUGCAUCAGUUGGUCUUCUGUCAUCUUUAGUUGCACUUUUCAUUUUGUACAUGUGCAUAACCACUUUGUCUCGUGGUUAAGAGUAGUCUUACCUCCAAAAGUAAAUAUCUUGAAAAAGCGGUAGAGGCAUUGAUGUUAGUUCUACAUGAGGAUUAAGUAUAUAUACCUCAAGAAAACAAAAAAUGGGAUACAGUGAAAAUGUUGGGAAUCCAUGAUCUAGUCUGCCCUAUGAAGAUUCUUCAGGACUCCUCAUAGCUUCUGAACAAGAUGGCUCCAUUGCUUCCAUACAAGGUGGCUGUGCUUUGUUUCUGAAGGAAGAGAACCUACAUAGCUCUGUUGCCUUCAGCAUGGAAAAUGUUCCAAGUAAAAUUCAGAAGGGACUUCAGAAAGACCCUGACAAAGCAAGAACCAACAAAAGAAUUGGAACCAAAUAGAUCAGAAACUGACUUUGCUUCAGGAUGGCUUUUUGUAUUUAAAGAUAAUGAAAUGUAACCAUGUUCUGCAUUGUAAACAAGGAGACAAGAUAGCUCUGGAACAGAUUUCUUUUCCAAUUUCUGUUAUGACCCCAAUGUACAGUGUUAAUGGCAGUGACCAGCAGUGGCUCUCCGUGGAUUCAGCUUGGAACACAUGUACUAUUGAACUGUGAGCAGCCUGAUUAUGACAUGAAGCCUCACCUUAUUUUAAUUAAGCAAGUUACCCAUGGGUUGGCAUACUAAGUUGUCAAGCAAAUUAUGGACGGAAUGUCUUUAGGUCUGGUUCAUAAUCAUGUGUGCUUUUUAUUCUUUCUACUUUGGGUCCUGCAAAAUGAAAAAAAAACAUUACAUUUGAAGGGAUAUGAAGUGAUUCAUUUCUGAGAUUUGACCCAGGAUGGCUUUCUGACAUAUACAGUUUCCAAAGGGGCAGCUAUAUUAGCUUUUGUAGUAGGAAUAAAGCAAGCAUUUUAUAAAAAGAGUAACAUGAUUUCUUAUAACAUGUGUGGUUAUGAAUUAGUUAUGGAUUUAUUGCCACUUGGGCAUAUAUAUAAUAGAUAAAUUACGGUUAAUUCCAUACAUCUCAUGUGUUUCUAGUCUGUGAGUUAAGCCAGGGUGGGGAACUUUGAUUCCUCAGAUGUUGUUAAGUUUUCCAUGAGUCCAAAUCAUUAAAGCCUAUGGUGAGAUAUCCUGGGAAUUCUAGUUCAGCAACACCUGGAAGAUCACUGGUUCCCCACUCCUGCUUACACUGUAGUAAAAUGUUUAGCCUUUCAAUUUGCUGCCUUAUAGCAUAAUGAGCAACUAGAAGUUUUGUGGGAAUGAUAUUAAACUACCAUUAAUAAUUAUCAGUCCUCUCCAACUGCUUAGGAAAGCACUUCGUAAUACCUGCAGAAUGACAAAUACUGCUCUUGAGCUAGGCUAAGAAUUGGCUUUAAAAAGCUAUGGGGAACAUUAUUACAGAAGGGGUCCACACUCUGUGGAUAAUUCCUCUCUAAUCCUGUUUGUGGGGACUAAUUUUUCUCUCCAAGUAUUUAAGAUGCUGAUGUCUCGCCAAGAAAUGGUUUUCAACCACAAGUUGCCAAGGAAAGCAGCCUGUUCAUAGAUCCCAAAAUCUAAAUCAAUAUCUACAAAAGAACAGAGAAGAUGGACAUAAGUGAAACCACGUGGAGCAAAAAAUUAUACUCUUCUAAAGAAGCAGGUGGAAGACAGAGACUAAGAGCAUUUAAACAAAAGAUGGCCAAACCUUAUAGCAAAGAUGGUUGACAGUAGACUAAGGUAAUGCAGGAUGCAAAGUUGGAUUGGAGAGGUGUAUCCACUUGACUUGCAAAAGGAUCAUCUGGAGAUUGGGUAGGGACUGGGUAGGCCCAAGUAAAGGCCAAUCAGAAACUCAAUCAUAAUUCAAGCUCAUAAUGCUAGGAAUCCUUUAAGACCAAAACGUAAGAAUUUGAUAUAACGAGAAAGUUAGGCUCAAGUUAUUGUUUUCAAGUUAUUGUUUUAUAUAUAUGCAACAUUUUUCUCUGUGUGGUAUAGAACAGCUUUUCACUAUGUGAGCUCCCCCUACUUGAAAGAAUAAUGUGGUGCAGCCCAAAUGCAGCUUUCUAAUCUAGAUCAAUUUCAGCUUGAUGCUUUCUGCAUGGGUUAGAUUGGAACUCACAUUAUGCCAUUGUGCUGGCAAUGGAUGAGAAUUAUAGCCCGGAGUGUCUGUCUUAAAGUAGGUGCAUUUCAUAAAAGGGAAUAUCCUCAAACAGCGUGUUUAAUGCUGCCUGGACCAUUGUUUGCCUCUCUCUUUGCUCUUCCAUCUUACCAAAACUAAGUUGUUGACCUCUUGAAAAUCAGCAACAAGUUUUACUGCCAUUUUUUAAAAAUAAACCCAAUUAUUUGAUAUUGCUAUGUACUUGGUGUCAUCUGACAUACCAUUACCAGCACAGUUUCUGGUCUGCAAAAAUUGCUUGUUCUGUCACAUAGUGUAGGGAUACAUCAAAUGGAUUGUGAUAAUUGUGUGUUUCAGCUACCCUUUCUUGAUCACCAGACUGCCACUACUUUAGUUAUCACUAUCUGGAAUAACUGCUGUAAGUAAUUUAUUGCUAAAUAAAAUUCUAUAAAAGAUGUGGGAGGAAAGGCCUUUCAGAAAUAAA